AUCCGAGGGCAGGGUCCGGGUCACGUGGCCGGUGUCGGGGCGCUUCUAAACCGUAGUCGAGCCGUCUUCAGUUUGAAGUUGUACCGAGGCUGAGAGGUCCAGCGGGGUCACCUGUGGCGCACAGGAGCCGGUUCUUCAUAGUGGUUCCGUUCGGAGCUUCACGGUCUGCGGAAAUGUUCAAUAGUGCAAUGAGGGACUUUGACGAGGACCCGUUCUUCUCGGAUCCUCUCCGAGCUCACAGGGAUCACAUGCGACAGAUGAUGCGCAGCUUCUCAGAGCCUUUUGGCAGCUCCUUGAUGCCCAGCAUAAUGGAUGGAAGGAGCCAUGGUCGAGGCAUGACACAACACCCCAGCUCAUCCAUCGCACUGAGGAAUGAACACAGGGACCUGAUGGGGAACCCUUUCGGGAUGUUUGACAACGUCAUGGCUGGUAUGAGAAACAGGAUUGAGGAGAUGAACCAAAAUUUUGGGAACAUGCCCACAGAUGUAAACACACAUUCAUUCAGCUCUUCGUCAGUCAUGACAUAUUCAAAAGUUGGAAAUGAGCCUCCCAAGGUCUUCCAGGCAACCUCUUCCACACGCCAGGCGCCUGGAGGGAUCAUGGAGACCCGGAAAGCAAUUAAAGACUCAGAGAGUGGUCUAGAGAAGAUGGCAAUUGGUCAUCACAUCCAGGACAGGGGACAUGUUGUUGAGAAGAAAUACAACAAGAAAACAGGAGAGAAGGAGUUCAUCCAGGACUUUCAGAAUAUGGAUGAAACUGAGGCGCAGUCUUUUGAUGAUGAGUGGCAGCAGAAGGUGUCCAGCUUUCAGGCGUCAGGCCCCACACCUCGCCUGAAGGAUUCCCGAGCACGCGCUGUCCACCGAGCAGCCCUCACUGGUCCUGAACAAGCGCACAGUGACCAAUCUAAGAGCAAGAAUGACGGCAAAAGCAACAUAAAAGCUUCAGGCUCGAAAAAGCAUUAAUAUCAACAUUAAAGUCAAUGAAGCAUCAGAGAGAA